CUCACUUUCAACACUCCUGUACAAUACUCUUCUCUUCUCUUCUGCCCUUUUGUUUGAGUUUUUCAUCACCGAGUUCUUCAUUUCUGAUGUGACCGCUUGCCUUUUGGCGACUGAUGACGUUCAACGGUUCGACACCUGCUUUACCUGAUUCAACGAGACGAGACCAGUAUCGACUGGUGUAAGGCGCUUCAAAAAUAUGCUGGCCGGCUAAAAGCCCUCCUACCAUGCUCUGGUAUCUGUUAUAUCCCAUCCGAGGCACUACACAGCCUCCUCGUCUCUCCGCAAACCACCCGCUACGCCGCGCUUUUUAUCGACAUGGCAAAACCACGGCAGAACACUGGCUCAUCGCCAUGCUGGUCACCGUGGCGAUCGCAAUGGCCUUUACAUAUCCGACCAUUCUCCUGGCUGAAAACCCAACUGCCGGUCUAGCUUCUUACCCUCACCACGUGUGGACCACUGCCAAACCUCACGACGAAUACACCGAGCCGGCGGAUGUUGAGAUGCGGCAGGUGUGGAUCCACGGGAGUUACAUGAGAGCCUUGGAGAAGGAAGUCCUCCAUGGUGCCCUCGACAUCCAGCAAUCGCUCAUUGGAAGCGACUCGUGGACUUCCAUCUUCCCCUCCCUCAGGACAAGUGCUUUGUCGUGGGGCUAUCAUUCGCCACUUAUGUACUGGAAUAACUCGCGGCAAAUGAUUGACAACGACAUUGAUAUCCUGGGAACCAUUAAUCGACAGGCAAGCACAACAUCGUCCUCCCUCAACGUCACCCUACGCCCGGCUUCGGUCUUUGCAGGCAAAAAGUUCGAGCGUCGCCGACUCACCGCCGCAGAUGCACUGGUCAUCACCCUCAUCAACAAGGUGGAGGGUGAUGUUGGCAAUCAAUGGACAGAUCGCAUGAGCACGUUAACGGCCGAUGCAUGCAAUGGCUGUACACUGUUUCCUCACGACGGCUAUGUUGACCGCAGCAAGGUGUACGAAUUCAGCUUCACGCCGCUCAGCUUGCAGGAAAACAUCCUUCUCACCUUUGCAUACAGCCUCAUGGCCCUCUACGUGCUCAUGAGUCUGCGCAGGUUGAAAGCUUUCCACAGCCGCUUCGGGCUGGUCGUUACGGUCAUUACGCAGAUGACCUGCUCCAUCCUGGCUAGCUUCACAAUUUGCAGCAUGCUGAAGAUCAACCUGUCCAUGAUUCCGCAAAACGCAUAUCCUUUCGUGGUCUUGGUGAUUGGGCUGGAAAAUUUGUUCCGUAUCAUCAACGCAGUUCUCGCCUACCCCGCGACCAUGGCGACAGAGCUGCGCAUCGCCAACGCUUUGGGCGAUGUUGGACCCGUCUCUCUCGCCACUGUCGCGCAGAACCUCGUCAUCUUGUCACUCCUCGGCAGACUCGUUUCUCCCGGCGUUGCAGCCUUCUGCGCUUUCGCCUGCAUCGCCACUCUCUUCGAUGCCUUCUUCCUCUUGACCUUCUUCGUUGCCGUCCUCAUGGUCGAUAUCCGCCGUUUCGAGCUCCAAGACGCGCUGGCGCGCGCAAACCAAGCGAAACCAAAGCGGAAGCCCUCUCCCAUUCCUAACCGGACGUGGUUCGAUGCGCUGGUGCAUGGUCGACUACCGUUCAGCACUCGCAUGGCUGGCACUGCGGUUACAACGACUUUCAUCCUCUCGCUGAACUACCACUUCUUCGAGCAAAAGGAGCAGGCCACAAGCCUUCGCCAUCUACUUCGUCUGGUCAAAAACGGUCCGCCGCAGCUCAAUGAGUUCGACACCUUUGCGCCCCUUCCCAUCAACGCAACCAUGACUCCCGAACAGUGGAUGCGCAUGCAAGACUUUGACACCGCCAAGGAAGUGAUGAAACUGGCGAGGCCAGGAGCCGACAGCUUCGUCAUCCGAAUCUUUGCGCCGCUGAUUGUUGUGCUGGCUGGAGCGGAUAGGACUGGCGUGGAGGAUCAAGAGUGGACGACAGCACUGCGCAGCUUUGCCAUCCACCACUUCUAUCCGGUGGCGACUGCGGUGGUCUUUGCAGUGGCUUUUGUUGCAGUCCUGAUGAAUUUUCUCCUCUACACGGAGCAUGAAGACGAACAGCAUAGAGGCGAUGAGGACGAGCAAGAAGCUGUGAGCGCCACAACUGUGGCUUUGCCCCACAAACUGGAUAUUGUGAAACUAUACGGAACCGAAAAGGGCCAUAUAAUCACUGUCGGCCUCGAUCGGUCUGUUGUUGUUUCACUCUACGAUCGAGUACAUCGGUCCCACCAAUCGCACAGACUGGCAGGCGGUGCGCUUUCCCGCACCCACUGGCCAAUUCAUCAGAUCACGCUGGAGGAGAAUGGCGAAUGGGCGGCGUUACAUUGCGCCGACGAUCGCAUCAUGGUGUACAGCGUGGGAGCGGGCUCGCUGUUGUCUGAUGCUCUGUCAUAUCCGGACGAUACCGAGACGCUCCUCUUCGAAUUCAUCAGACUGCCUAAGAAGGGUGGCAGUAAUCUGUACUUUGUCGUCCUGACUACUGGGGGACGGCUGCGAAUGCUCAACAUCGAGAGUGGGCAGGCGAAUGCGGCGGUCAGUCUUGCCGAUACUCCGCUGGUCGGAGCAAAAACGAUUCCAGGAUCAAAUGGCAAGGAGCCGAGACUGGUAGUUGUUACGGACGAGGCACAACUUAUAUUGUCCGCCUGGCACGACGGAGCAUGGAAGAGAAGGAGCCAGCACGAUCUGCCAGCGCAAAAGUUCAUGGGACGACUACUGGGAGCGGUGCACAUCCAGCACUACUCGGAUCUAGGCUCCGACGUCUUGCUUGUGACGGCAGCGCGGCGAGUGAUGAUUCUAGAUGGACAAUCGAUCGCCACUCUGUGCGUCGUAGACGUCAACGAGGACGAUCCACCUAUUCUUCAUGUUACAUUAGGCACGGCUGUUACGUGUCCAAGAUGCGGGAUGCUGGCAUUUCGCUCUGCGAUGUUAAUAGGGGAGCCGGCGAGCGAAGACGAGUGCGCAACCACGGCUCUCUGGCCCAGAGAUGACGCCGACGGAGUCAUCUGUGCCACUAAAAGUACCUCGCAGUGCACUUCCUUCGACGACGCAACGCAGACCAGUCACCGUCUGUCGAAGCCAGGAGCUUGGAGCGCGGUAAAAUCGCAAGCUAUCCUUGGUCUGCGCAAACCUGCUUCUCCUCAUGAGGGACAGAGAAGGGCUGGUGGGUCCUCGCGACUAAGGCGCCGGCAACAUACGCGUUCCAGCGUGGCCGCAGAUGGCGGGAAGGACGAUGACGAUGAGGACAGUGAUGCAUGGCAAGGCUAUCGACUAUCAGCAAACGGCGAGCUGGAAAGCAUCUCCGUGCUCCCCGAAGCCAACGACAGCAACACCGGGCUCCUCAACACCGACAGCACAGCCUUGUACGUGACGAAUGCCGGGCCCGCGGUCCCGCUCGACGACCAAUCAAUCGCGGUUGCUUUCGGCAAUACGGUGAAGAUUGUCCGAAGUGUGCGGAUGGGGGGUUGCGCGGCUCCCGCGCGCGCGACUGGCAGGAGUUUGGUGAGGGAUGUGGCGAAUGUUGGACAGGAGCGCGGGCUGCGCAAGGUGCGGUGAUGGAUAGUGACUGUUUGCAGUAAUUGCACACCUCAUCACGCGGCGUGCGCAUGUCGCGUGUGCGUGGAAUGUACGAUGAUCCGCACGGCGAUGGUGUUCUUCCGGUGAAUUAGGCAAUUUGCACCGCGUCGAAUCACAGUACUCAAGUAUUUGGGGUGGUGUGAUGUGCGCCACCCACAUGGAACACCGCAUAAGAACUCUACCGAAGUACUUUCGGCGAGACGCCCCUUGCGCUCUGUGCUUGCAGUACGAAGCAUGCCGCUCAAGCCGUGCGAUUGUUGAUUAGCUAAACCUUGAAGUCGCGUUCCUCGACCGUCGACGUUGCCCAUUCGCCUAAACGCUUGGUAGGUUGGCAAGCGACUCCGUGGUCGCAGCAAGGGGAGCAAGCACACGACGCGGG